ACGCUCCAACGCACAAACCAAUUUGGCGAAGUAAUCCCAGACUAGUUCUCUCUGAGAAAGUUACAAAAUUCUCAUUUCUCACCCGAAACUUCACAACAUCAAACUCACCCAAAAGCAUCACACACACGUACACCAAAAUCUCACACGGUUCCACGCUCCGCUCUCUCUCUCUAAUGGUGCCCCCAUCGGCAGGAUCAUCAUCUCCGAACGCCCAAUACACCCUACAGUUCCUGAGCAGCGUCCUCUCACAGCGAGGUCCCUCAGCCCUCCCCUAUACGGAGGACGCGAAGUGGCUGAUCCGCCAACACCUCCUCUCUCUCUCCGACGCCUUCCCCAGCCUCCAGCCCAAGACCUCCACCUUCACCCACAACGAUGGCACCACCGUCCACCUCCUCCAGGCCGACGGCACCGUCCCCAUGCUCUUCCAGAACGUCACAUACAACAUCCCAAUCGUCAUCUGGCUCAUGGAGUCCUACCCUCGCCACAAACCCAUCGUCUUCGUCAAUCCCACUCAAGACAUGGUCAUCAAACGCCCACACCAGUAUGUCAAUCCAUCAGGUAUGGUCUCCAUCCCUUACCUUCACAAUUGGCUCUAUCCCAGCUCCAAUCUUGUCGAUUUGGCUCGCAAUUUGAGCCACUUCUUCGGCCGUGACCCCCCCGUUUUUUCCCAGAGAAGACCCAAUCCAAACCCUAACCCUAACCCUAAUACUGGGUAUCCCCAAUCAUUGCUUUCCUCGAAUUCGAUGUCGGAUGGGUCACGACCCGCUAUUCCACCGCCCCGAGGUUAUCUGCAAUCGCCCUAUGGGAGCAGUGGGAGGAUUUCGUCUCCCGGGUUGCAGAGGCCGCCGCCGGCUAUGACAGAGGAUCCCACUGAGAUGUUUAGGAGGAACGCCAUGGGUAAGCUUGUGGAGAGCUUGCACACUGAUAUUGGGGCUUUGAGAAAGACGAGAGAGGCUGAGGUGGAGGGGUUGUUCAAUGCGCAGGCAGUGUUGAGGCAGAAAGAGGAACAGCUCUUGAAUGGGCUGAGACGGAUGCAGGAUGAGAAGGAAGGGUUGGAGCAACAAUUGCAGAUGGUUUUGAUGAACUCUGAUAUUCUGGAGGGGUGGUUGAUAGAGAAUGAAGGGAAGCUGGCCAUGAUGGGGAAUGUAGAUGUUGAUGAGGCUUUCAAGCCAUGUGAUGCACUUUCGAAGCAGAUGCUAGACUGUACAGCAUCCGAUUUGGCCAUAGAGGAUGUGAUAUAUUCUUUGGAUAAGGCAAUUCAAGAAUGGUCCAUACCGCUUGAUCAGUACUUGAGGAAUGUGAGGUUGCUGUCUCGCGAACAGUUUUUUCAUCGUGCCACAUCUUCAAAAGUUAGGGCUGCUCAGAUGCAAUCUCAGGUUACUAGUAAGGCUGCUCAGAUGCAAUCUCAAGUUAAUGAUAUGGCUGCUAGGAUAUCGCAAUACGUUGGGUGAAAAUUCAGCACGUUAUGUUGAUCAGGCCACUUUGUUGUAUUAUGUUGUGCUGGCAUUGCAGGACAUUUUAAGGAUUAUAGAGUAUAAGGUUGGUCUCUUGUGAAAAUCUCAGUGUUUUUAUUUCCUCACUUUCUUUUAUUAUGGUUUUCGAUUCUUCGUUAUCUAUUUGUAUCGAUAGGAAAGUAUAAAAAAACAUAAUUUUAUUAUCCAAAAAUUGAUGUGCAAAACUUGUGUAGUGGUGAUAAAAUAUAGCAAAUUAUUUAUGUCAUUUUCUCUUUCUGUAUUUAUAUUGGGAAGAGAAGCAACAGUGUGCUUUAUGUUUUCAACUUACAAGUUGAAUUCUAGCUUGUAGUUUCAUAUCUUUCUAAUUGAAGCUUAGGUUUUAUUCUAA